AUGUUCUCUCAGUGGUAUUUUGAAUUGACUCAAGGGUUUAGCUUGCUAUUUUAUGGUGUGGGAUCUAAAAGAGGAUUAUUAUUGGAUUUUAUUUCUUCUACAAUACCACCGGAAAUUCCAGUUUUGGUUGCUAAUGGAUAUAAUCCUUCAGUGUCUUUUAAAGAACUACUAAAUUCUAUAACACCAAUUCUUGUGCCAGAUUAUAAAUCGCUAAAAUUCCCCAAAAAUACACCCGAUUUAUUACAAGCACUUCUCGAUUACCUUGAUGAACAAAGAAAAAAAACAGAGUUAACUAAUUUUGAUGAUACCAAUUCUCCUAAAGUAGUAGUGCUUAUAAAUAAUAUUAAUGGAGAAUCCUUAAGAAGCGAAAAAGUACAAAGUUAUUUAGCUCGACUUUUUUCAGCAAAAGAAGUGUGGUUUAUUGCAAGCAUUGAUAAUAUUAAUGCGUCUAUGUUGUGGGAUGCUGCAAAACUAGCAAUUUUUAAUUUUUUAUGGCAUGAUGUGACUACAUUUGAAUCUUAUGCCAUUGAAACAUCUUUUGACGAUCCUCUUUCUUUAGGAAGCGUUCGUACUGCAGCAGGAUCUAAAGGUGUAAAAUAUGUUCUCUCUAGUUUAACUCCUAAGGCUCGUGGCCUUUAUAAGGUACUAAUUCAUUCUCAAAUUGAAAUAAUGUCAUUGAAUGGCGGUGAUAUUAAUAUUCCAGGAUCUAUUCAUGUUGCACUUGAAAUGGGAAAAUUGUACCAAAAAUGCUUAUCGGAGUUUCUUGUAAGCAAUGAAAUGAAUUUUCGUACAAUGCUUACUGAGUUUAUAGAUCAUAAAAUGAUUGUUUUAACUAAGGAUAAUAGUGGAACGGAACUGGUUUUUAUACCAUACACUAAAGAAGCUAUGGAAAAGAUAAUUGAAGAAGGUUUUUUAGAUAAUUAA